GGUUUAAAUUUAAUCAAACUUGACAUCGACAACGAUGACGACAACGUCAUCAUCAGAAUCGAAUCAACAAUCAAUGAUGACAAUGAUUGAUUCAAAUCUUGAAUCAUCAAUAUUCUGGCAACAUAUUAUUGCAUUGGAUGUUCAAUAUAAUUCAUCACGUUACUUUUGUACCUAUAUGAAAAUUCUAUACAUAAAACGUCGAAAUCAAUUAUUUCGUGAACUAAGUAAACAACCAUUGAAUUCAUUUCGUAAACAAUAUCUUCGUUUACGACAUACGAUCCUUUCGAAUUGUUAUCAGCAACAACAACAACAACAAAAGUACGAUUUACAAUUGUCAUUGUUUUUUAUUAUCUAAAUCAUUCAAUAUUUUGACAGAAAACAUGUUCGAAAUAAUAGCGAUAGUAGUUUUCUAUCAUUCAUCUAUGAUGAUUUACGAUCAUAUUCUGGUGGUGAUUGGAAAUCUAAUAUUACAUUGACAAAUGAUGUCAAUCAAAUUGAACAUCUCCAAUUUCAUCAAUCAACAUCAUCUUGCAACAAUAGUAAUAUUGCAUUCUGUGAAAAUUUUGCUUUCUCCGGUGUUCAUCAUAUAUUUGAUCAACAUAAAUCAGCUGUAAAUUGUGUAAAAUUUGCCAAUUCUAAUAAAUCAUUAAUUUGUUUUGCAUCGGAUGAUCAUACGUUAUCGAUUUGUCAACUAACACCAUUGCCAGCUACGAUAUUGUUUGUUUUACGUGAACACCAAGCACCGGUUACGGCAUUCGAAUGGUCACAAUCAAAUGAUUUGAUUGUCAGCUGUUCAUUAGAUUCAACAAUAAAUCUAUGGUCAACAAUGAAUGGCCGUUGUUUGCGACGAUUUAAAGAUCCACAAAAAUGUUCCAUUCUUACCUGUACAUUUUUACCGACUAAUAAUAAUAUGAUAUUCACUGGAAAUCAAAAUGGUAUCGUUAAUAUAUUGAAUUUAUCCACAGGAAUUUAUUCGAAAAAUUCCGUCAACAUUUGUGAUGGUGGUCAUAUUGUAUCGAUGUGUUUCGAAUCAAAAGGUCAAUUACUUUGGUGUGGUGAUUCUAAAGGUUUUAUAUCAACAUUUCGUUUUGAAAUGGAAACCUGUAAAUUAUUGUUGGUCAAUAAAGUGAUUAUAGUACCUGGAUGUCCAAUUACAUCAUUAUCAUCAUCAUCAUCAACAAUUAUUGGUUAUGAUAUGAAUCAAAAUCUUCUGCUAGCAAAUUGUGCAUGUAAUGCUGUCGUAUUAUUUCGUACUGGUAUUGAUAAUAAAUUGGAAUUUCUUAAAUGUUUUCCAAUUAAACAUCAAAAUUCUAAAUUAAAAAUUAAAAGUUCAUUCUGUCCAAAUAGUGAUAAUAUUGUCAAUAAUCAAUUACCCACAUUACCAUCAACAUCAUCAUCAACAACAACAUCGACAACGACAACACCGGGAAUAUGUCUAGUAACCGGUAGUGAAGAUACCUGCAUCUAUUUUUAUCAUUAUCAACCACCAGAUUUGAAUACAAAAACACCAGCCAUAAGUCGUUGUGUAAAUAAACUACAAGGACAUUCGGCAACGGUUCUUGAUGUUCGUUUUAAUCAUGAUGAAAGUUUACUUGCAUCAGCCGAUUCAAAAGGUUCAAUUAUCAUAUGGAAACGUAAUAAUAAUUCAUCUGUUUCGAAAAAUUUUUAA